CAGAAAGACAAAAUCGUUUGUUCGGAAUCGUUCUUCGGCUCACCCGAUAGAGCGUCAUGCCGGCCCCGAAGCUCGCUCUGCAAACCAUGGGGAAGGGGGCUGGGCACGAUGGGGCGAAGCAGCGCACCGACGUCGUGAUGAUGGCCCUCGUUUCACGCGCAGAUUGGACUUGCUCUCGUCCAUGCUUGCUGAUGGUAAAAACAUGCAUCAUGACAUCGUUCCAACGUGUUUCGCCGCCCGACAACCCGCGGUGGCUGUGCCACAUGUUCCCGAGGUGCCGCCGGUGGAACCCACAUCACUUUGCGUUGUUGUUGCGGGCGUGUUCACUCGCGAUGGCUUCUAACACAGCUGGACGCGUCGACGUGCAGUGCGACACCUGCGGGCUAUUUCCGUUUGUCGGCCCGCUGUUCGUGUCGAAGCGGGGCUUCACCCUGUGCCAUUCGUGCGCUUCGUCUGGAAAAUAUCAGGCUUCCCAUGGUCCGUUUGACGUCGAGAGCGCCGACUCGCCGGCCCUCUUUCCCGCACGCGCGACGUGCGAUGGGUGCGCGAUCGCGCUCGACGCGACGGGGUUCCGGUCCACGUCGGUGUUCAAUUUUGACUUGUGUGAGUCGUGCCAUGCGUCCUCCAAGUGGGAAGCGACCCACGGUCCAUUCCUGCCGCAGCAGUACCAUCCGUCCAACGUCCGGUACGAUGCGCAGUGUGACGGCUGCGAAAUGUUCCCAAUCGUGGGGGCCGUGCACAGCUCAUUGACGUCACCGGGGUUUGUGCUUUGCGACCCGUGCGAGAGAUCGCACCGGUGGACUCAAUCGCAUGGUCCAUUCACGACGGAAUCGCCGCCUUUCGAACACAACCAAGUCCUGUUCGACUCGACGUGCGAUGGAUGCGCCAAACUUCUCGUGGGAACUGGGUUUGCAUCUGCGUCGACGUUCGACUACCACGUGUGCGCAGCGUGCCACGCGUCCUCGCGCGUGCCUCCGAACGGGCCGUUUGUCCCGAUUGUGUUUGUGCAGCGACCUUCGUCGCAGCUACGCGAAAUGGGCGCCAAGGGCAGCUGCCAGGGCUGCGGCGAGCCCCUCGACUCGUUUGCGUACCGCAACCGCGUUGGCUUUACCAUUUGCUUUACGUGCGAGACGUCGGGCAAGUUUGACCUCCUCCACGGCCCGUUCAUCGACACGGACUCGUACCAGAUGAAUCAAUUGAUCUAGACUUGGACGACGGCAUAGCUUGCCCAUGGACUUGUGGCUGGAUCGUGCACUCGGCAAGAAUGUAGCGCACGUCUCGAGGAAUAUGCAUCCAAUGAAAUGGGAUGGUCCCAAGCGAUAAUGGUAGCGUUAUCGAGAGCCCG